UCAUUCAUGAAUCAUAACUAUUUUGAUAAUUCAACACAAAAUUGUAUUCUGAUAUUCAAAAGAACUUUUUGAUUUUCGAAAAUUGAUGGACUUAUUAAAUGUUUUCAGGCAGAAUACAUUGUAAACUAAUAUUUCAGAAAUGGCUUGUGGCUCAUUAUCACAUAAUGUGCUCAUCUCGGAACUCGAUCAGAUUAUGAACAUUUUGGAACGAGGUACAAUUGUCACAAGAUUCUAUUUGAAGAAGCGGCCUGAGAAACGAACAUUGAGACUACGCAAGGAAACGCGACAGAUUCUAUGGUCCAGGACUAGUAGUACCAAUAAUAAGACAUUUGAUGGCUCUUUGGACCUCAAAGACGCCAAAGAAGUACGCUGUGGUAGAAAUAGUAAAGAAUUCGAUAGAUGGCCUGACGAAUUAAAAAAAUUUGAAGCGACUAAAUGCUUUGUCAUAUUUUAUGGGAACGAAUUCAAAUUGAAAACUCUGUCUGUUGUUGCAUUAUCUGAACAAGAGUGUGAACUGUGGCUGAAAGGUUUAUAUCAUCUUGUAAAUGAUACUGUUUGUGCUCCAUAUCCAUUGCAAGUUGAAAGAUGGCUACGCAAAGAAUUUUAUAUCAUGGAAAAUUCGAGGGAAACAGUGACAUUGAAAGAUGUAAAAUCUUUUUUUCCUCGAGUUCAUUGCAAAAUAUCAACCAGUAAAUUACGCGAGUUGUUUCAAGAAGUCGACACCAGGAAGCGCAAUGAGCUUAAUUUUGACGAGUUUGUCUCCCUCUAUAAUAAACUUAUCUAUAAUUCAGGGAUUUUCAAUGAAUGUUUUUCAAUGUAUUGUUCUGCUGAUGAUACAUUCAAUGUUCAAAAUCUUACUAGGUUUCUGAACGCUGAGCAAGAAAGUUUAUGUCUUGAAGAAGAACUUGUGGCUAAACAUAUGAAAGAAUAUUUCAAGUAUUGUGGAAAAGAUUCAAAUGAUAAGCUACAAUUUACCGCAACAGACUUUAUGGAUUAUUUAUUUUCCAAACAAAAUGAGAUAUGGGAUCAAUAUUAUGACAAUAUAUUUCAGAACAUGACAAAACCACUUUCACAUUAUUGGAUAGCUUCGUCUCAUAAUACCUAUUUAACUGGUGAUCAAGUAUCUAGUGAAAGUUCAAUUGAGGCAUAUGUAAGGUGUUUACGUUGGGGAUGUCGCUGUAUAGAAUUAGAUUGUUGGGAUGGCCCUGACGGACUGCCAAUAAUAUAUCAUGGACAUACAUUAACCAGCCGAAUAAAAUUUUUAGAUGUCUUAAAAACAAUUAAAGAACAUGCUUUUGUUACUUCUCCGUAUCCAGUUAUUUUAUCAAUAGAGGACAACUGUUCAAUACCACAACAGCGAAAUAUGGCAUCAACUAUGAUUGAAAUUUUAGGAGAUAUGUUAGUUACACAACCAGUUGAUCGGAAUGAAACUAAAAUGCCUUCACCUGAUCAACUUAUGUAUAAGUUCAUAAUAAAACAUAAAAGACUUCCAGAUAAAGUUAAUGGAGACCAAGCAGUUACAAUUAGACAUAACGAUGAUUCUAAGGACACUGAUUUAAGAAAUACAAAAAAAAAUGGAGUACUUUAUCUAGAAGAUCUGCUGGAAAAAGAAUGGAGACCUCAUUUUUUUGUACUUUCUGGUAAUAAACUCUAUUAUACAGACCUCUGUAAAACAGAUAUUGACAAUGAAGAUGAAGCAGAAGGAGGAGAGUUGGAAACUUGUGAAGUAUCAAAUGCAAAUCGAUUAAGAGAAGGUAUACCUAAUGAUGAAUUACAUUUUGGAGAAUACUGGUUUCAUGGAAAAUUAGCUCGUGGUAGAAAUGAAGCUGAAGAACUAUUGAAACAAUAUCAGCAUUUUGGAGCUGGUACAUUUUUAGUAAGACAAAGUGAUACAUUCAUUGGUGAUUAUUCCCUAUCAUUCUGGCAUUUAGGUAAAGUAAACCAUUGCAGAAUACGUUCAAAGCAUGAUAGAGGUCAAAUAAAGUAUUAUUUGAUUGAUGGUGCUACAUUUGACAGUCUAUAUAGUUUGAUAACUUAUUAUCGUACAUAUCCAUUACGUAUACAAGAGAGCUAUAUUAUUUUAAAUGAACCUGUACCUCAACCUUUAAAACACGAAGGGAUGAAUUGGUAUCUUCCUCACGUUUGUAGAAGUCGAGCAGAGGCAUUAUUGAGACGAGUACCACAAGAAGGUGCAUUUUUGGUGCGACCAUGUGAAAAUGAUAAACAUCUUUAUGCUAUUUCAUUUAGAGCUGAAAAAAAGAUUAAACACUGUCGUAUUAAGCUUGAAGGUCGAUUGUACACUAUUGGUGUAAAGCAGUUUGAAAGCCUAGUGGAACUUAUUAAGUAUUAUGAACAAAAUUAUUUAUAUAAAAAAAUUAAGCUAUGGUUUCCUGUAAAUGAAGAUAUUGUUCAACGAAUGGGAACUGAUAUCGACGAUUCUUCUAUUUCGUGUACACCUGGUUAUAUGGAUCCGAGUAGUUUCAUCAAGAAGGUUACUGUAAAAGCAACAUUUGAUUAUGAGAGCCGACAAGAUGAUGAAUUGUCAUUUUGUAAGCACGCUGUAAUUACAAAUGUAGUGAAACAGGACAGUGGAUGGUGGCGUGGUGAUUAUGGCGGAAAACGCCAACAUUGGUUUCCCAGUAAUCAUGUAGAAGAAUUACAGGAAGCACACAUAGAAAAAUCUGACAGUGGUUCAACAGAGUCGAUGUUUUUGGGAAAUUCACAAAAAGGAAGUUUAGACUUAACUGGUGCUUUAGUUGAGAUUGGCAAAUUAAAUCAAUUAAAACUUGAAUGGAUGAUCAAAAUACAAACUUCUAAUGCAUGCACCCCAUUCGUUGUAGGCGCAGUAUCACGGGAACAAGCUGAAGAAUGGAGAAAUCUUAUUAUCGAAACUGCUCACAAUGCCAGUGCAAGAGAAACAGAAAAUAAAAAAAUGGAAAGACAGUUGAAAAUUGCCAAAGAAAUAUCUGAUCUUAUUAUUUAUUGUCGAUCAGUGGCUUUUUGUCUAGAAACUCAGCGAGAACGUGGAUUUGUAUAUAAUGAAAUGUCUUCUUUUCCUGAAAAUAAAGCCGAAAAACUUAUGUGUCAUCAAGAAAGUGUGUUUUUCUUUCGUUAUCAUCAAGUUCAAUUUAGUAGAGUAUUUCCUAAAGGUCAACGCAUUGACUCUUCUAAUUAUUCACCAAUAGCUAUAUGGAAUACAGGAUGUCAGAUGGCUGCUUUGAAUUACCAGUCACCAGAUAAAGCAAUGCAAUUAAACCAAGCCAAAUUUCGUUUGAAUGGUAGUUGUGGAUAUGUAUUGAAACCAGAUUAUAUGUUAGAUGAAAGUGAUAAACUUUCAACUAAUUGGAUGGAAGAGACAUUGUCAAUAACAAUUUGCAUUAUUGCUGGUCGACAUGUUGGUAGACCUGGCCGUAAUGGAAUUUCUAAUCCAUUUGUUAUUGUUGAGGUGUAUGGAGCUGAAUACGAUUCAGGAUUAAAAUUAAAUACCCGCACAAUACCUGAUAAUGGAUUUAAUCCAGUUUGGAAUGAAACAUCUGAAUUUGAAAUUGCAAAUCCUGCAGUUGCAUUUAUUAGGUUUGUCGUGAAUGAUGAAGAUAUGUUUGGUGAUUCCAAUUUCAUAGGACAAGGAACAUAUCCGAUAAUUUCAUUGAGGUCAGGCUAUAGAAGUAUUCCAUUAAAAAAUGGCUAUUCUGAAGAUAUUCCUUUGGCAUCUCUCUUACUACAUAUUACAAUCAGAAGUAAUACUGUUAGUAAAACAAACAAUAACUUUUUUUUAAAAUCUCUAAGUUAAAUAUUGUGAGCAUAAGUAAAUGAUUAUUAUUUAUUUUUAACUAAUUAUUUUUUAACUUUUUCAUUUAAAUAAAUAAUAAAAAUUAACUGCCUCCAUUGUGCGCAAAAUUAUUUUAUAUGUAUAUAUUCAACAAAUCAGAUGCAAUUUUUCCAAUAUUUUUUAGAAAAAUGUUUUCUAUUUUAGUUAGAAAAAAAAUUAUUAGUUAAAAAAAUAUUUUGUUGUAAAUAAAUGAUUGAAUAGAUAAAGUGUCAGUACGUUUCAAAUAAAAUAUUUUUGCAAAAAAAAAUAUAACAAUAUAAAAUAUAAGGGGUAUUAUAUAGGCAAUUUUAUGUACUUUUAUUUAGAAGAAAAAGUUUUAAUUAAAAAUUGGUUUAAUAUAUUUUUAUGCACAUGUUAUAUGUCAGUGUUACUUGAUUUUUGUGUUAUCUUAAAAUUUUAUAUUUAUCAUUUAUAGCUGUAGUAUUGUUGUAAAUCAAUAAUCCUUUUUUUUAUUAGACUGAACUUAAUCAGUGUUUUUUAUUUAAAUGUGUUUUUGUACCAUUUAUAUUUUUAUUUUAUAAAAGUAUCAAUUACAAUAUUUUUAAUUUCAAAUAAUAAUGAAUUCACAUGUAAGAUAAAUGGGAUAAGUCAAAUUACAAAAUUUUUAUCUUAAACCAUUCUAUGAUUUACGACUGAUAAAAAGAUAUUGUAUUUGUAUGUUUAAUUGCCUUAAUUUAGUUAUAUUUGUUACCUGUUGGAUAUUAUUUUACUAACUAUUGUUUCACAUCUAGUUACAAAAAAUACUAAAAGCAAUUAUAUUAAACAAAUUUGAUAUUACAUUUUUAAUUUAUUACUAAUAUAAUUAUUAUAAAUUACAUUUUUUUCAAACAAUGAAAAUGCACAAUUUAAAUAUAAUAUGUAUCUAAGUUAUAGACUUUUAAUGAUCUAUUUAAAUUUAAGAACUAUCUGAAUGAUGAAACAAAAAUUUCAAACUGAAAACAUGAAAAUAAUAAUCCGUAUAAAUCUUGCUUGAUAUACAACCAGGUAGUAUAUAAACAUUAUAAACUUCCUAAUUAUAUUUAUAAUUUUAUGUUUUGGUUAUAACUCUAUAAGGUUUAUUUUUAAAUGACAUAUUUAAUUUAAGUUUAUAUAAACAUUGUUUUUUAGUUUUUGGUAUUCUUAUAAAAAAAAAAAGAGGUAAAAUUUAUAUUUUUAUGUUAUAUGUAUAAAAUAAAAUGUAUCAAGUAUAAUGGUUAUUAGUUAUUAUGAAUAUUAUUAUUAUCUGUUUGACAAAAAGUAUACCUUAAAUUUAUUUUAUAUUAAAUGUUAAUUAUAAUAGAUAGGAGUAUAAGUGUUAUAUUAAGUUUUUUUAUUAAGUAUAUUUAUUUAAACAGAUAUGAUCAAAACAAAUUACGUAAAAAAUAUUUUAUCAAGUAUUAUUUUAUGUUUACUUUAUUUUAUACUGUAAUUAUAUUUAUUUUUUGUAAUAAUAUUAAUACAUUAUAACAAAAUUUUAAUCUGUC